GCACAGCCUCGUCCGUGUCGCUUUUCGAAAUUAAAUAUUUUCUUUAGAGAAAAAAAAGAAAGACGAAGAUUCAGACUUUUUGUUCCUUCCUUCGCCUCUCUCUCAUCUCCUCCCCCACUGUCUCGAUCUUUACGAGGUUCACUAAUUCGAUGGCAACCACCGUCGCCGCAACAAAGCUCACCUCCUUGAAAGCCGUCACGAAUCUCGGCGGUUACCGUGAGAUCUGUCAGGUUCGUCAAUGGUCUCCGAUUCAGUCCGCGAUGCCUCAUUUCGGAAUGCUCCGAUGUGGAUCGCAACGGUCAUUUGCAACCUCUUCUGUUGUGAAAGCUCAAGCGACAGCUGUUGAGCAAUCGACGUUAGGAGAAGCUGCUGUUCCCAAAGUUGAAUCUCCUGUGGUCGUUGUCACUGGUGCCUCCAGAGGGAUUGGUAAAGCUAUUGCUCUUUCCUUGGGCAAAGCUGGCUGCAAGGUCUUGGUGAACUAUGCUAGGUCUGCAAAGGAGGCUGAAGAAGUUUCUAAACAGAUUGAAGCAUAUGGUGGCCAAGCUAUUACUUUUGGGGGUGAUGUCUCCAAAGAGGCUGAUGUGGACGCCAUGAUGAAAACUGCUAUUGAUGCAUGGGGAACCAUUGAUGUUGUCGUUAACAAUGCAGGAAUCACUCGGGAUACCUUGUUGAUUCGCAUGAAGAAGUCCCAGUGGGAUGAAGUGAUUGAUCUAAAUCUCACUGGAGUGUUUCUCUGCACCCAGGCAGCAACAAAGAUCAUGAUGAAGAAGAGAAAGGGAAGAAUCAUCAACAUAGCGUCAGUUGUUGGUCUCAUUGGUAAUAUUGGCCAAGCAAACUACGCUGCUGCUAAAGCUGGAGUUAUUGGUUUCUCCAAGACUGUUGCCAGAGAGGGUGCGAGCAGGAAUAUAAAUGUCAAUGUUGUUUGCCCUGGAUUCAUUGCAUCUGACAUGACUGCCAAGCUUGGAGAAGACAUGGAAAAGAAAAUCUUGGGAACAAUCCCAUUAGGACGAUAUGGACAACCGGAAGAUGUAGCUGGGUUGGUAGAAUUCUUGGCUCUCAGUCCUGCAGCAAGUUACAUCACCGGACAGGCGUUCACCAUUGAUGGAGGUAUUGCCAUCUAGGCAUUUGUAAGAUUUGCUUUCUGUUCAGACAAAAACAAACAAAGAAGCAUGUUUUGCGCUUGGAAGUUAGCACCACAAAACUACACCCACACGAAACAGAAACGCACUGUUUAAAGCCAACCUUUAAAGGGACAAGAAGCUGCGUAUGAGUUCUCGUAAUAUAACACUUGUUUAUCAUUUUGAAAUAUAAUCUUUUUCUUUUAGUACUUAGAUAAACAUUGCAACUAGACUUUAUGAUCUAGGGAUCAAGUUACCAUACGUCAACA